AUGGUCCGCCUUCGCGAUGGAAUGUGGCUGCCUGCCGAGGGCACAUUGACAGAAUACGCAGAGGAGGUUUAUUACACCAACGAGAUCGAAGGUGGAAAUGGCCUCAGUCUGCUGUGCCCAACGAGGAAAAUCAAGACUCGUGGCCAUACGUUGAAUGCGAGUACCGUGACCAUUGACGUCAAGGCCGAAUUUGACGGCGUCAUCUCAGUCGAGGCGACUCACUGGGCCGGCGCCAUCAACAAGGGUCCUCAUUUUGAGCUUUUCCCAGAUGGCAGACCCGGGGUAGAGGCACAAAUCGUGAAGGGAGACAAGGGCACGACUUUAUCCUCGGGCUCGCUGUCUGUGACCGUCCAGAAGGAUUUUGACAUUCAGUUCCACAGUACCGACGGCUCCAAGCGGCUGACGUCCCUUGGGAGCCGAAGCGUCGGCCUGGCAUACAACCCUGCGCCAAGCACACCAAUGCAGACCGGGGACAUGCGCAACUUCAAGCACUACAUGUUUACCCAGACUACGCUCGGCGUUGGUGAGACGAUCCAUGGCCUUGGUGAGAGGUUUGGCGCCUUCAACAAGGUCGGCCAGUCCGUAACCCUUUGGAAUGCCGACGGCGGUACUUCCAGCGAGCAAUCCUAUAAGAAUGUGUCUUUCUGGCUCAGCUCCAGGGGUUACGGUGUCUUCAUCGAUACACCUGGCAAGGUGGAGCUGGAGAUCGGAAGCGAGCGUUGCAACCGCCUGCAGACCGUAGUAGAGGGCCAAAGACUUAAGUGGUACCUGAUUUACGGACCCACGCCCAAGGAUAUCCUGAAGCGCUACACCACUCUUACAGGCAAGGCUGGCAAGGUGCCCAGCUGGAGUUUUGGUCUUUGGCUCACUACGAGCUUCACCACUGACUAUGAUGAGAAGACGGUCAAUAACUUCCUGGAAGGCAUGAAGGCCCGCGGCUCGCCUGUUGACGUCUUCCACUACGAUUGCUUCUGGAUGAAGGCCUUUACCUGGACAGACUUCGUCUUCGACUCUGAGCGCUUCCCCGACCCCAAGGGACAAAUCUCUCGCCUCAAGGAGUCUGGCCUCUGCAAGAAGGUCUGCGUGUGGAUCAACCCCUAUAUCGCCCAACACGGCGAGGCUUUCAAGGAGGCAGCUGAAAAUGGCUACCUCGUGAAACGCAAGAACGGUGACGUCUGGCAAUGGGAUCUUUGGCAGGCUGGUAUGGGCCUGGUGGACUUCACCAACCCAGCGGCAUGCAAGUGGUACGAGGACAAGCUCAACACUCUCUUUGAUCAAGGCGUCGACGCCAUUAAGACAGAUUUCGGUGAGCGCAUUCCCAGCCUGGACGUCGAAUGGCACGACAAGUCCGUCGACCCUGUCAAGAUGCACAACUACUACGCCUUCAUCUACAACAAGGUCGUCUACGAGGCCCUGCAGAAGCGCUAUGGCCAGAACGAGGCCGUUCUAUUUGCCAGAGCCGCGACUGCCGGCACGCAGCGCUUUCCCUUGCAAUGGGGUGGUGACUGUGAGUCGACGCCUGAGGCCAUGGCUGAGUCGGUUCGUGGUGGACUCGGCCUUGGCCUCAGCGGCUUCUCCUUUUGGAGCUGUGAUAUUGGCGGCUUCGAGGGCUACCCACCCCCUUGGAUCUACAAGCGGUGGGUUGCCAUGGGUCUCCUGUGCAGUCACAGCCGGCUGCAUGGGAGCAGCUCGUACCGUGUGCCGUGGGUCAUCGACGAUGACGACCAGAGCGAGGAGGGCUGCUCGCAGACGCUGGCCAAGUGGACCUCUCUCAAGUCGCGCCUGAUGCCCUACAUCUUCUCAGAGGCGCAGGCUUCGGUCGAGCAGGGCAUCCCCCUGUCCCUGCGCGCCACGUGCAUUGAGUUCCCCGAGGACCCGACCUCCUGGUACCUCGACCGACAGUUUAUGCUCGGCUCCAACGUCCUGGUGGCCCCCAUCUUUGAGGAGUUGGGCGAGGUGGAGUUUUACUUGCCUAAGGGCAAGUGGACCUCAUACUUCUCUGGCGAGUCCCGCGAAGGCCCCGGUUGGUUCAAGGAGACGCACGGCUUCGGUACGCUCCCGCUCUACGUGCGGGAGAACACUGUCCUCGUACUGGGCAACUCCAAGGUUGUCGGCGCCGUGUACGACUAUUCCCAGGACGUUGAGGUCAGGCUAUACCAGGUCAAGGAGGGUGCCAAGGCCACGAUCGUUGACAACGAGGGCAAGGAGGUCGGAGUGUUGGAGGUGGGGCCGGACGGCAAGCUUAAGGAUACGGCAGCCCUCAAGGGCGAUUUCACCGUUACGGAGCUCUGA